UCACGUGAGAGAAACCGGAAGUCGGGAGCGCCGAGUCCCGGGUGUUUUCCUGACCGCGGGGUCCGCAGGUGCAGCCGGGCUCCCGUGCUCCGCCACGGCCCCCUCCACCAUGAGGCGGGUGCGCGCGGCCGGGGAGAAGCUGUGCCGGCGCGUGCGCGGCGCGGAGGCGCUGCGCGAGACGUGCCGCCAGUACCCGCUCUUCUGCUGCCUCCUCCUGGGGCUCAGUGCCGCGACGCUCCUGCUCAGCCGGUAUCUUCACAUUCUCAUGACCUUCUGGUCAUUUGUGGCGGGAGUUGUCACAUUCUAUUGUUCCUUAGGACCAGAUUCCCUCUUACCCAAUAUUCUAUUUACCAUAAAACAUAAAACCAAGCAAUUAGAACUGCAAGAACUAUAUCCUCAAGGUUACACCUGUACAGUAUGUAGUAGCGUCAAAUGUAAUAGGCACAGGCCUACAUUUCUGCUACAGAAUUAUCAGCCAUGGCUGAACUUGAAAGUCCCUUCUAAAGUUGAUGCAUCUCUCUCAGAGGUGUUUGAGCUUGUGCUGGAAAACUUUGUUUAUCCUUGGUACAGGGAAAUAACUGAUGAUGAAUCAUCUGUGGAUGAAUUAAGAGUCACACUGAGAUUUUUGCAUCUGCAGUAAUUCGUCGAAUAUACA